AUGAAACGAAUAGCCCUUCCAAUAGUUUCAAAAAAAUCUUCCUCGAAUCCUCUUGAAUAUGAUUCAUCUUCUACAGAUCGUCAUGAUAUAACAGCUACAACAUCAACAUCUUCAGUAAACCAUAGCCGCAUUAAAGACCUCCCAUCAAAGAAACACUCAUCAAGGUCAAUAAUAAAUUGCCAAAGUUUAAGUAAUUUUUCAGAUCUCAGAAGAGCUGAAUUCAACCCUUCAGAGUUCGAAAUUGCUCCAAUUAAAGAAAAUAAUCAAGAAACUUCUUAUGAGGAAGAAGACUCUUUGAUACUGGAACUAGCUGAGUUCCUCAACAAAUCUGAUAAGGUGAGUGCUCAGCCAAAGCUUAGCAAGCCUAUAAUUCCUAACUUAUAUGCUAUACAUUAUAAAAUUUUGUAUCAUGAUCAGUUUCUAUAUCAUUGUAAAAUAAUUAUUUAUGAAGGAGAAGUAAACGAAAUCUGAGUAAAAAGCUUUCCCAGCCGACAUUUAGGAUUAAAAUAGAUAGCAACAAUAUGAAGACAGCCCGUAAAAGAACAACGAAUAUUGGUAAUGAAGGGUUUACACAGCUUUUUAAUAAAAGUGAGAGAUCUAGACGAGGAGCUAUGUAA